GUGUCCUUGCCCUGCUGCGCACCCCGGGGUGCCCCGUCCGCUGUGCCCCUGCACCCCGUGAGCUGUGCAAGCCCCGGCGUGUGAGAGGGGACGGGAGGGGAAGUGGUGAAGUUCUUCGGAAAGUUGCGUUUGGGGAAGAGGAUCCAAGGUGCUGGUGUCUUUCCCUGCCUGGAGCCUGAGGUCCCGCGUGCCCAUCCGCCUCCCGACGUCACCAAUGCGACCAUGGGAACUGGCAGUGAAUAGGCGGCCGCCCUCUGCCCCUUUUGCCCAGCGCCAUUUCUCGGGGGGACCCUGCAGCAGCCCCGACCACCUCCGGCGAAGCCCCCCUGCCAGGCGUCAGUGGGGACGACGUGACAGACCUCUGGCAACCCUGCUGGGCCAGGAUGAGCCCCAGCUGCACCCUGCCUUCCCCCAGCAGCCGCACAUCCCUGUAGAUGAGCCCCGUGCCUACGCUCUUCCCAGCACGCCGCCACGAAUGCUUCACCCAGCCACUCACCCGCCCCACCAGAACCCAUUCAUGGUGGAUCUGCAUGACCAGGUGCACCAGGGACCUGUCCCUCUCUCCUACACGGUUACCACCGUCACGACGCAAGGCUUCCCCAUCCACGCUGGCCAGCACAUCCCUGGGUGCAGCACCCAGCAGCUCCCAGCAUGCUCAGUGAUGUUCAGUGGACAGCACUACCCGCUCUGCUGCCUCCCACCCCCGCUGAUUCAGGCAUGUGCCAUGCAACAGCUUCCCGUCUCCUACCAGACAUUCCCCCCCAUCAUCUCCAGCGACCAUUACAUCCUGCACCCACCCCCGCCGCCAGUGCCCCCUCACCAGCCGCCCCACAUGGCCCCCCUGGGGCAGUUUGUACCUCUCCAAGCCCAGCAUCCACGCAUGCCUCUGCAGAGGAUAGACAAUGACGUGGACCUGCGAGGGGAGCAGCACCCCAUCGCGGGCUUCACGUACCCCCCGUCUCACCACGCCCCCACGCUGUCGCCCUCCAUGCCGCUGCAUUACCUCCCCCAUGACCCGCUGCACCAAGAACUGCCAUUUGGCGUGCCAUAUCCCCACAUGAUGCCCCGGCGGCUGAACACCCAGCGGUACCGUCUGCAACAGGCGCUGCCCCCACCGCCACCCCCUCCACCGCCGCCCCCCUACUAUCCGAGCUUCCUGCCCUAUUUCCUCUCUAUGCUUCCUGUGUCGCCGACAGCCGUGGGGCCCACAAUCAGCCUAGACCUGGAUGUGGAUGAUGUGGAGAUGGAGAAUUACGAGGCACUGCUGAACUUGGCCGAGCGGCUGGGGGAGGCCAAGCCACGGGGACUCACCAAAGCAGACAUCGAGCACCUCCCGUCCUACCGCUUCAACCCUGAGAGCCACCAGUCUGAGCAGACCCUGUGCGUCGUGUGCUUCAGCGACUUUGAGGCCCGACAGCUUCUCCGCGUCCUGCCCUGCAACCACGAGUUCCACGCCAAGUGUGUCGACAAAUGGUUAAAGGCGAACCGCACGUGCCCGAUCUGCCGGGCGGACGCGUCAGAGGUGCAGCGGGAGGCGGACUGAAGCUGGCGGGCGCUGUGCCGCACAAUUCGCUAGAGGAUGAGGUCGCCGGGCUGGGGCGAGGGCCGCUGCCCGCUGCUGGGGCCUGACCCUGCGCUUACCCCCCUCCCCAAAGCCUCUCCUCGGAUGUGGUGAGCAUUGAGCAGUCCGGGCUCCCGGCCAGCCCUCCUCCUCCCCGCCGGGGCACGGACUCGGCCGGACACCUGCCCGCUGCGCUCCCAGGGCCCCGAAUCGUGUUGUGCUGGAGGCGGGAGGCGCGUGGCCGUGCCCUUCGUGCUCCAAAGACGCUGUUGUUGCUCCAUCACUUUUCCAGGUCUUUGUACUCCGCUAGGGAAUUAGUGGUUUUUCCCUUUGUCACUAUUUUUUUUUUUUUACGAUAAUUUUUUUUUUCCUAUUUCCAUUUCCGUCACGAUUUUGGUUCCGUGGCCGUUUGCCCCAGGGGUGCGCAGGCAGCUCCUCCCCUCGUCGUUGUUCGAGGAGGACACAGGGAGGAGAGAGGAGGGAGUGCCGCAGGUUUGAUGCUGGCGGCACCCCGAGCCAAGCUGGAGCGCUGGGACGGCCCCGGGACGUCCAGAGGAGGUGUGGCCAAGGUGGGACACCAGCAACCCUGCGGCAUGGCUGGGGCAGGAAGGCAGGAACGCCUCUGUCCCUGCUCUCACAUGCAGCCCGGCUCAGCCCCUUUCCUGCCUCAGGUGCCCUAGGGAGCCCCGGAGGGUUAUGGCUGCUCGGGGUCUUUCACCAGUGGGAGGACGGUGCUCUCAUGGCCCUGGCCCCUCUCCCUAUUCAUUCCCCCGUGCCUGGCAGCUCCCGGGGCUGAGUCAUGUGGCAUCCCAUGAGGCAGCCAGGCCUGAGGAGGGAUGCCAGCCCCGCAUCCCCAUGGCCAUGGGCAUGUGGUGUCCCCGGUGUGCUGCCCGGCCCCCUGGCUCCUGCUCUUGUUUCUCUGUCCCGACAAUGUAAAUCAAGGUAGCCCCGUGCCCCGUCCUGCUGGCUGGACGGCGUGGCGCGGUGUCCCCGGCCGGUGGGCAGCAGGGGCUGGCUGGACUACGGCGGGUGCCCCCCCAGCCCCCGGAGCAGGGAGUUUUAUUCAUAACCUCGUGGUGUAUUUUCAGUGCUACCCUGGCCCUGCCCUGGCUGGCACUGGGGGAGCUGUGAGCAGCCCCCCGCUGCCAUAUCCCCCUGGCUGUGCAGGGCUGGGCGACGGGGCUGGAGGAGAAGCUGCCACACUGCCACCCGGCUCCGUCAAUCCCGCGUGGCCGUUGUUUUGCAUGAUUAAUUAGCGAGGAGGGUGACGGGAGGCGGUGGCUGGGGUGGUGGUGAGAGCACCGCCCUCCCCUUGCGGCGCGUUGGGCGCGUUGUCGCUGACGCCUGGGAGCCUCCGAGCGGACGCCAGCCCUAUGUAAAUGUUCACAAAUAUGCAUGCAUGUCUGACCAGCUUGGAACGUGGUCUUGGCUACGUCUAGCCGGCUGUGGGGUGAGGGGGGUGGGGAGAGGGGUUUUUGUGCUCAGCUGAUACUGCCAUGCACUGUACUGCACAUGUCCGCAACGCCACAGCAGGACCGUGAGACUUUCAGGGCCGUCCCUGCGGGGUCCGCGCCCCUCCGGGCGGGAGGCGGCGGCGGGGGUGGGGGGCGCCCGCGGUGGUGGCGUGUGCA